CCGGGUGUGUGUGUGCGCGUGCGUGUGUCUGUAGAGGCCCGUCAUAGCAUAUUCCACAUCCAUUUUUUUUCUUGUGUUGACUCUGGAAAAGCCACUGGAAGAGGAGCCUGGCUCUAGUGAUGCCCAGCGAGACUGGAAAAGGUACCAUCUGUGUGGGGACAGGAUUGCAAAGGGACUCCCUUUGAACUUGGCAGCAAUGACAUGGCAGAAAUCAACUUGCAUGCAGUGGAAUCCAUUAGCGACCUGCACUAUGUGUCCAGCAGACACGACCGUGCCAAAGGCUCAGAAGGGAGCAGCCAGUCCCCACCUAACACCCCACGGACUCCUCAUGGCACUUUCUCCAAACAUUUCAGUCUGCCUAAUGAAGAAGAUGCAUCUUUUCUACCACCAGUCCAGGCUGUCCACUUCAUCCCUGCUUGCACCUGCUGCCCCUGUUUCGGCCCCACCUGCUGCCCGACAGGCUUCCUUGCUCUCCUCGGAGUGCUCGUAGUGGCCAGCCUUGCUCUAGCCACACUGGCCGUCUAUCUGAGUGUAUUACAGAGUGAGUCACUCCGUGUACUUGCCCGAUGGUUGGAGUCUCAAGAGGCGACCAUCCGGCAAAUGAGGGCCAUGAGCUUACAGCUAUGGAGUCAGCUAAAUGCCAGUGAGCCCGGAGCUCAAACCUGAGUUAAUUCCCAUCACCCCUGCCUUCCCCUUGGGAAGCUUGGUUCCAGUCCUACAGAGGAGGGAAGAACAACUCACUGCUUGACAUAUUUUAGACACUGACUUGACAUGAGCUGGAAAAGGAGAGUUCUCCAGAAUCCCUGAAGAGUUCCAUAUCCUCCAGGCAUCAGUGGCUACAGACCUGAGGCUGUCUGAAGAAGACAGAACAGACGGGAAGAAAUGGUACUGAGACUUAAUGGGAAUGGUGUUUCUCAUGAGCAGUGUUCCUCCAACUCAUUUUUAAAAAAUCUCACACAACAUAUUUUAAGAAUACUGCUAGCACCUUAGUCACUCCAGUUUGUUCUACUAUAUACCCAUCUUGAUCUUACUUGUAGGUCACCUUUGGCCAGAGGUCUGAUAAAUGACACUUAAAGUGACAAUUAAAGCCAGAACAGCUACUUUUUUACUACAGCAUGCUACUCACUUCCUCAGAAGACCUGGACAAAGAAGCACUUGAGGGGGCAUCAUAAUAUUAAAAGGAGGAACCAUAGUUACCAACAU